CCUCACUCCUUGGCAACAUCAGAAGUGAUGCCCCUUUCCAACCGAUAUAGCCGACCACAGUGAAUGACAACUGCCAGGAAUAAUCGAGGAGUAUAGCCAAGGCGCGGUGAAUAUGGACUUCCUGCGACAAGACUGUCUUGUGAUUGUCAUUGUUUGGGAUCCUUUACAACACACACCUCUGCAAGGCACUUGCAACUGUCCACUCUCGAGCAAGGCUGCAUCACAUACCUUCGUUACACUAUUGACAGUAUGGAUCCACAAACUAUGUCCAAACUGCUCCUGGAAGAGCCUCGACCAAAGAACACUUUCGUGAUUUCAACUGCAGAGGCGAAACUGCGCAUCAGCACACAGUCGAACAGGAUCUUCACCGCUCGCGACAAGAUAUCACAAAUACUGUACCACAAAGAGAGUCGUCUGCAACAGAGAUGGGCAAAGAAGUCCAAAGACAAGAGAUUCAAGCUUCUGCAAGCUGCGUGGCCGGAAAUACCUAGCACCCAUGGUGUUGAUAUCCAGGCAACUCUAGAGGCUAUCUAUCCUCCAAAGGGCAAACCACCUAGGCCCCUUGAGUCCGACGCCGUCUACAAGUGGCCAUGGAUGAAUCUCGAGGAUCUUGCUCAUGCAAGAAAUCUACCCCUAUUACUCAACUCUCGUGCACGCACCAAUCCAGAUGUCUUUGCUCAUGCCGACCUGGCGGCUACCGAGGUUGGCAGAAACAAUGGAAAAAUCAAAGGUGCUUGGCUUCCAGGGCAGCUUAUGGUGUUUAUGGGACGGACUACGCCUGAAACGUACGGAGCAUUGACACACUGGGAGGAAAACGAUUACAAGAAGUUCUAUCUCUGGCUGGGUGGUGUCCACUUCGAUGUCGCAAGUGGACUUGCGACUCUUGAAAUUCAAAGCAAAAUCUACGAAUUUCUCCUGGACUGCUGCUAUCUCAUGUUUUCCGAUGUGCCGCAGGACGAGCUUUUGAGAGGCCCAGUGUUGCUCUGUACGGAAUCAGCACAGAUUUGGCCACAAGAUACGACGUAUCUCAACCUAGCCACCGUGGUUGCAGAGGCACCUUUCAGGGUUCCGGACACUCUCGACACCAAUCAACUGCUACAGCUAAUCGGGGCCAAACGAGCAGCAGCAGAGGAUCAUGCUUGGAGUAUCAAAGAAGAUCCCGGCUACUUCUUGCAAGUGCUCUUGUCUAGAGCGAAGCACCGACCUGAAAACCUCCGAGAGUGGAAGGGAAAGAAGCCAGGUCCUGAGAGCGAAUGCUUCUGGAAUGACGUGAUCAAUGCGGAGAUACAUGAAACGUAUCGUCGUCUUUCGCUCUGGGACAUACUCUAUGAGGGGGCCCAAGUACUGUACAACAAAGCACCUAAAGGCUUCUCGGAAUUUGAUCAUCAAGAACUAUUGCCCCAAGAUGUGGAUGAUGCCGCCAUGAGGUUGCUGUUUUUUGCAGAGUUCUUUGCUAUGUCCUUCAAGAAUGAUCUUUCCAUGGCUGUUUCUGUGUCAGAACAGGGAUGGUUUGAUAACAUCUUACAACCUGAUCCAGAAGGGUUAUCGAUCGUCUGCAUAGGAGCGCAGAACUCAGAGCGUCUGAAUGAUCCUUUGAUGAUGCUAUUCAUGCACCUCUUUGACGGCCAUCGCACUGCAUUGAAGCAAGUCGGUUUGCACAAAAUCGUCGACGAGAUACAGCGAAAGAUCGAGAAAGAUCCAAAGCAGGCGCAGAGGUUGUCACCUUUCGUUUCGGAUGGAUUUUCAGAACUUGCCUUGGUCGCAAACAUCUGCAGGGUGCUUGAAGGGAUUUAUCCGUGGGGAUUCUGUUUUAACCAAAAACUACGAGAAAUGGACAACACGGACUCUGCCCAGGUCGAAAAUUUCGCACGCAUGGAUGAGAUCUUCAAGAAGGAUGGCAAAUUCCCUACAGGUGCAGCAGAAAGUCGUCUGGACUUUCCAAUCAAAGACUCUCUCAACUAUCCAAUCCACAAGGCAUACAACGAGCACAAUGUGGCAAUCCUACGACGUUCGGAAUGGAAUUUGGACCUUUUUUGGAGGAGGUGGGACUGCCUUGUCCACAAGAACAUGGGUGAGACACUGAAUGACAUUCUACGUCGCUACUCGAAAGGUACGCGUGUUAUCAACCGAACGCUUCCUUUUCGCCCGCACGAAGGACGAGAGACAACAUCCUGGGACUCCAUGCAUCAAUUGGUCCCUGAUACUGCAAAGCUUGCUAUCGAGCCACAGACCUCUGGACGCUUCACAGCAGAGAGUCCGCGCGUCAAGAUCAAGACCCGCAAAGCCCAGGUUGCCCCUGAAGCGAACGUUCAGGACAACGUCGCCGAACCUAUUACUGCUGCCGAACCUGUUGUCAAGUUCAAGCUGAAAGAGCGUGCGUUGACAGUGUUCCGCUCCUUGUUCCAUACGAGGGAAGCAACGUGCCAACGAAGGGAGGUCAAUUGGAAGGACUUCCUUCACGCAAUGACCAAGAUCGGCUUCAGGGCCGAGAAGCUCUACGGCUCAGUCUGGCACUUCAUACCAGAGGGCCUUGAUGUGACCAGAAGCCUCCAGGUGCAUGAACCGCAUCCUGGCAACGAGAUCCCCCAUUUUAUGGCAAGAUACCUGGGAAGGCGGUUGACACAUACAUAUGGGUGGACUGGGGAGGACUUUGGCGAGAUUUGAUAGUGUUGGAUUUGCGGCGAACUUGUUAGAUAGAGUAUCAAAUGGCUGUUUUCAGUACGAAAUGCACUCCGUCAGUAUCGCACUACCUUUGUAUUGAUGU